AUGGCUGGUCCGGUUUGCGCUCAGACCCCGGCGGCCAGUGGCCCCGGCGGCCAGUGGCCCCGGCGGCCAGUGGCCCCGGCUGCCAGUGAGAGGCUGGUCCAGCUGCGCCUGCUGCGCUCUCAGCGCUCCGCGGCGCGUCACUUCCUCAGCCCGUGCCCAUCCCUUUGGAAAGAGAGAGAAAAAAAAGAAAAAAAAACUCACACAGGCGAAACGACGGCGAGGAAAGAGCGAGGGAAAAGUCGAGAGGGAGGCGAAAGCGAAAAGCCAGAUGAAAAAGCCAGACGCUGCGUCGGGAGCCAGCAAAAGUCAAGAGGAUACGCGUUAAAUUUCUUUCCAGCUAUGCCACUCCACAAAUCCACUCGGGGCCCUCGCCUGGACCCUACUAUGAUCUCAGCCCCCUUGGGUGACUUUCGCCACACCAUGCACAUUGGCAGAGGAGGGGACACUUUCGGGGACACCUCCUUCCUGUCCACUCUAGGCCCAAGCUCAGCCAGUUCUGACCUGAGUAGUUCAGGGACCAUCCCCGCUGGAGACCCCGAGGUCAACCACAGUGAUCUAUACACAGAUGCUCCGGGAAGCCCACAAAGCUACCAGCUCCACCACUCUGAGUCAGUGUCCUCGUUCACCCUGGACCUGGAUCUGGACCUGGGCCCGUCUAUGCUUGGGGAUGUAUUAGGGGUCAUGGAUGGGCUGGUGCUGGACGCCAAUGAGGAGGAUGUGUUCAACUCCCAAACUGGCAACUCGGUGGUUGAGGUGAAACAGCGCAAAGGGCCCACAGAUUUGUCUGUGAACAAGCAAAAUGAGCUGAAUGGCCAGAACCCGGACGAAAACCAGGUGGGAGACGGCAGGAUACCAGAUGGGAACGGAAUCAAACCCAAGGGGAUACGGCCAAAAGUUCGAUUCAGCGACAAGCGAGAGGAGAUCAUUCGGCAGGUAUCUGAAGAGGAGGAGGGUGAGGGCUUCGAAUUCCAGGAUGAGGAUCAGAUUGGGUGUCUCAGUCCAACAAGAGGCGGGAGCCAGAGGGGAAGGAGCCCGGCAGGUGAAACUGACUUCCCUAACCACAAAGCCGAUUUGCCCCCCAGUCCUGCCUCCUCACAUAGCUCAGAGUAUGAAGGAGUCACCCCUUUGGACAGGAGGAGGGCUGGCAGCGGCCACUCAGAGACUGAUUCAGAGGAGGAAGAGGAGGAGGAAGCAGGACGGGGCUACACAUUUGAAGAUGAGUUCGAUGAUGAAAUUGGUUUAUAG